CUCAACAACAAAACAUCUCUAAUUUUUAGGGACAUGCCAAGCACUUAACCCAUAAUAAAGACCGAAAAAUAGCUAACUAGGUGCUUCACAACAUUGGAUAAUCGUUGUGUUAUUAUAAUGGUUACAUUCCUGUCAAUAUUAUAGCUGUUAUUUCUUUCAGUUGAUGAGAGUGGACGAUUUUUGAAGAUCAUCAUGGGGAAAUCGGCUGAUUAUAAAUCAGAUUGAAGAGCGUCUGGAGGACAGGAUGUUGCAGAAUGAGAUGAAGGAGCACGAAGGCCAGCAGAUGCUGGAGAACCUGGAGAGGAUGCAGAUGGAGGAGCUGGAAGCUCUGGUGAGGAAGAAGGAGGAGCAGCAGCGUCUGCAGCAGGAGAUCCUCUGUAUCAACGAGGACAGGCUGCUGGCCAAGGAGCGCAAGAAAGAGUAUUAUGAACGUCUUCAUUAUAGGGAGGUCUACAAAGAGGGAGACCGGCUGGAUGAGGAGGCCCGGCAUUGCCGCAUCGACGAGAUCAAGGAGAAGAAGCUCAGGGAGCUCAAGGCUGCUGGACUUCCAGAGAAGUAUUGCAAUAAAGUGGAGAGAAGGGUCCAUGCUCUUCCUGCUCUGGCUCACUAGAACACAAACCCUGAUACUAAUGAAAGACUUCAACAAUGGAGAUAAAUUGGCACCCCCAUCACUUUGACAGGGUAGAAAGAAGAAAAUGAAUUGGUACAGGAUAGAAAUCUAAUGUAGUACAUUCAUUAUUUAUCAUGUAAUUUCUGAAUAAAGAGGACCGUAUACAUUACAUAAUAAAGGUUCAUAGUUUACUGUAGGCAUGACCUUGAUUAAGCAGUGCACAUGAACUACUUACUGUAACUGAUUGAAGGAAAAAUAUUAAUGGAUUGCUUAUAUAGACUGUGAUUAUGUGAAAACGUCAAUUCUGUUAUGGCAUGUUUUCUUUGUAGGAUAAAAUAAUUUGACUGUGCCUAACAACUUCGUCAUACAGGGACCAAGAUUUUAUCUACAGGAUAGACUUUAGUCUUUUAUAUUUCUCUUCCAGCAUGGUUUUUAUGAAAAUGUUUUAUUGUUAAUAUUAUAAAGGAAUGUUCAGAGAUUAGGAUGAUACUUUACACACACACAGCUCAAAGCACUUUGGGAAUACAUCAAGGUAAAUACAGGCUUUUAUUUCAGACCAUUCUUGACAAAGAACUGUAUGCUGUAGUACUGAACUAAUUCUUCAUAAUAACCAUUGAAAUACAUAACCUACAGGAAGGAGUGUUACUGAUCUAAACAAGUUGACAUUAGGACACCAAAGGAGAACGGCCCUGUCCUCCAAGUCCUCCAUUUGUUCUCAGAGCCAAUCGCACUGACCGAACCAAACGGGACAGGGCUGUCGAGGACGACGAGCAAGAUCUCCACUUUUUUUUUUUUUUUUUAAACGAUCCUUCUGUACACACAAAAAUAUGGUGACCUAGAACACCACAACACCUGGCA